AUGCCUCCAAAACUUUGUGAUAUUAAGUAUGUGCCACAAGUGGUUAAGCACGUUUGUCAUUCUACGCUGGAAAAGCAUAAGCGGUGCCUCGUGGAGAUAUUUAGAUUUUAUAUAGGCUUAGUUGAGAGUCAUGCAAAGGAAGUUACUGCAUUUCACCUUUAGCCAUCCAAAACUAAGUUCGGGUUCGAUAAAGUGCCCGUAGGUAUUAACAGUUUGAACAAGAUGCCUGAAAUGUGCGAGGCGGCCGGGUUUAAAUGCAAAACCGCUUAUAGUUUGUGCGUUACCCGUGUUUCUUCCCUGUUCAAUGAUCGGGUAGAAGAAAAAUUGAUUCUCGAAAGGUCAGGGCAUCCUUCUAAUGCAUUGUUUCAGUACAAAAAGCCUAUGGAAGAAAAUGUGUUUAAAGUUUCAAAGAUCCUAGGUACAAGUGUUAGUGCAGUUUCAUGUUCUACCACAGAAAAACAAGACGAAUCUCUUGUUUUUAAGGAUGUUGUUUUCCAAAACGUAAAAUUUCAAAACUGUACAAUUAAUAAUAUGUUGCCCUAUUGUUGUUGUAGGUAA